AUGCUUGCGUCUCGUCGUCGCAACUCGACGCCGUAUCGUUGCUAUUUCACCAACACGGACCGCAUGAAACAGGACGAUCCGUACGCACAACUCGGUUUGGAAUGGGGCGAUAUGCCCACCACGUCCGAUAUCAAAAAGGCCUACAAAAAGCGUGCCGCCCAACUCCAUCCCGAUCUCAAUCCACACAAUCCGCAGGCGCUCGUCCAAUUCCAAGCCCUCCAAAAGGCCUACCAAACGCUGCUCGCCUACAGCGACGGCACCAAUGCCGAACAGUACGACGACUGGAAAACACAUAUCUACCGGCGGGGGGACCGUAUUGCCGCGGAUCGGACAGACGUGGCGGGUGUGCGACGCCAACGGCCCCGGCCGUCCCCCCAUACCGCCAACGUCCACGGCGCCCUCCUCGGCCAUCCCGAUGGUCGACGGGGCGUAGCCUACCGUCACAGACGUGGCGGGGAAUACCUGGGAGACGGUGGAGGUGAACAACAGCAUUCCAACGGAAUUCCAUCAUCAUCCCAAUCCAGUAGUGUGGGACGCGGACUCAACAAAUGGGUACAGCCCAAAGCCUUUCAAGCCUGGGAUGGUCGCACCCAAGUGGCGUCCGCCGCGGCCAAGCCGAAAGCAAAUACCAAGUGA